AUGGCCCGCUUCACAACAAACGACUACGGAACACCUGGCCCCGCCCGUGCAGACCGCACACUUCGUCCUCUCCUCCUUGCGAACCAUGCGCUACACUUCGCAUCCUCCGUCAUUGUCCUUGGCAUCUCCGGCUACUUCAUCGCCAAGUUCGAUGCCAACACCCACCUCCGCUACUGGAUCGGUGUAGCCGCCGUAGACACCUUCUUCUACCUCCCCUCCCUCUUCCUGCCCCUCGUCAAGACCUACAAAGGCUACCUCGCACCCCUGGCCCUCACCUUGAGCUACCUGUGGCUCAUCGCCUUUGUCUUUGCCAGCCAAGACUACGACUACAACGGUGGACAGAUGUUCAAUUCGCCGGCGGGCGUGGACAAGCCCGGACUAAAGAGGACGCUGGAGGCCUUUGCCUUUAUUGCUUUCUUCACGAGUCUUGUGGGCUUCUUCGCUGAGGCUAGGCUUUGGGAUGUUCAGCGCGUGACGGCGGCGCACGUUUCUGAGGCUGAUAAGCACGCUGCUGCUCCUGCGGAGGGCGCUGCACCUGCUACGGUCUAA